AUGUUCCUACCAAAUGAUGACCCGAUCGCCAUAUUACCUCUUUUCAAGAAAACAGCGUCAACAGAUUGGUUCGAGAAUUCCGAAAUGCAAUUUCAAUUGCGAAACGUGAUAUGUAAAACAAAAAGAUUCUAUCACGUAAUAAUUUUCCUGCCGUUGAAUGUAGUUUCAAAUUUGUCAUAUUACGACGCUCUAAAAGCAGAGUUAUUAUCAACGUUCAAACAAACCAAACCAGAGCAAUUUCUACAGCAAAAUGCUGAGCAAAAUGAUACCAUCCCAUCAGCAAAUUCACACAUGAACAAUUCUCUCCUUCCAGUUCUCUCUCUUCCUUUUCCUGUUCAACAGCAGCAGCAGCAAGAUCAUCACAAAAAGAGAAAAGCAGAGCAUAGUUCAUCGUCAUUACAUCUCAUUCUAGAAAUCGUUUGUAGCUGGACAGAUGGUUGCAUAAGAGGCCAGAACAAAAUUCGAACCAGCAACCAAAGCGGCAACUGCGUUAUCAGCAACAACGUCAUUACCAACAACACCAUCAACAUUUCAAGAAACAAGAUAAAUAUCAGCCACAGCAGAACCGUCAACCACAUUAUCAGCGACAAAGGAAUUAGUUUUUAA